CAGCCCAAGUGCCCAACGCACGAACUAAUAUAAGAAACCCUAGCGGAGCCACUAGCACACUCCCCCUUCCUCCUCCGCGCCGCCGCCACCACCGCCUCGCGGCCGCCUGCGGCUCCGCUCCUCCACCCGGAAGUUGGUGAAGGUUUCUUGAGCCUGAGAAGAUGGUGCUGAAGACGGAACUUUGCCGCUUCAGCGGUCAGAAGAUUUAUCCUGGGAAAGGCAUCAGAUUUAUUCGUGCUGAUUCUCAGGUUUUCCUUUUUGCCAACUCGAAAUGCAAGCGCUACUUCCACAACCGCCUGAAGCCUGCUAAGCUUACCUGGACAGCAAUGUACAGGAAGCAACACAAGAAGGACAUCCAUGCUGAAGCGGUCAAGAAGAGGCGCCGCACCACCAAGAAGCCAUACUCCAGGUCAAUUGUGGGUGCUUCCUUGGAAGUGAUCCAGAAGAAGAGAGCUGAGAAGCCAGAGGUUCGCGAUGCUGCUAGAGAAGCUGCUCUUCGCGAGAUCAAGGAGCGCAUCAAGAAGACCAAGGAUGAGAAGAAAGCAAAGAAGGCGGAGGUGACCAAGUCCCAGAAGGGGCAAACGAAGGGCGCGGUCCAGAAGGGUUCCAAGGGCCCCAAGUUGGGUGGUGGCGGCGGGAAGCGCUGAAAGAACUGAAGUGUCAUUCCCCGACCUUGCAGCUGCUCCUUAGCCUACCCUGUUGCACCAAAGCCACUUUUGUAGAACCUCGGUUAAAUUUGGAAGACUAUUCUUUCAGUGUUGCUUGUGGGUGUUAAAUAUGAUGACAAUAGAACGUAUUUAUAUUUAUGUUGGAAAAAAAUGGUCGUUGUUCAUAUGCUUCA